CCCAUUUUUCCCCUCCAGCCACCUCUUGCCCACCGCAUUCCAGAUAGUCACCUAUCUGUGGUAGCUCAUUCUUUCAUGGUGUGAACAGCCGAAUUGUCGGCUGACUGGAAAGCCGUUCAGCCUUACCGUCAGCCCCCUCUCAUCAUGGCUGCGACCAUCCUCCAUCCCUUCGAGCGCAGAGUUGCCGACACUCAGCUCUCCAAGAGGUACGUCUUAUGUCCAGCGAUACUCACCUCCUACCUGCCUGCCUUGUAUGAUGCACUUUUGACAAAAUGGGAAUCUCUCUGAAAAUCCUUGAAGAGUCUAUAUUUAUUUUGCUUUCUGAACCUUCCUCAAGAUACCUGUUUCUCAACCUCGGAGAUACAUCCACCGCAGGAGAAGAUGGCUGACGAUUCUUGUCAACAGCGAUGUGAACAAUCUCAUCAUGGACUACCUGAUCACCGAAGGAUACCCCUCUGCGGCUGAAAAAUUUGCUUCCGAAGCCAACAUCCAACCCAACGCCAAUAUUAGUGGCAUUCAGGAAAGAGUUCAAAUUCGAGAGUCGAUACAUCGUGGAGAUCUUCAGGUGGCAAUCGAGUUGAUCAACGAGCUCAACCCCGAUCUUUUGGACACCGACAAGAAGUUGCACUUUUCGCUCCUUCGUCUUCAACUUGUCGAGAUAAUUCGCCAGAGCUUCACGUCAUCGGAUCCCAGUCUCGUCGGCGAAGCGAUUGAGUUUGCCCAAAACAACUUGGCACCUUAUGCACCUUUGGACUCUCAAUUCAAGAAUGACCUCGAGCGUGCCAUGGCUUUAUUGAUUGUGCCAAGGGAAUCGUGGAUGCAUGCUUCUUCCUCUGGAUCCACAACUACCGCCUCACAAGUGCAAUCCGAUUUUGGAGCACUCGCCGAGUUGGUCGACCCAUCUUUACGACGAAAGGUUGCCAAAGAUGUCAAUGAAGCUAUUCUUCAGUCUCAAGAUCAGCGAAGAGAGGCAAAUAUAAGAUACCUGGUCCGGGCUCGAGCGUGGGCGGAGCAGCUUGCACGGGAGAAGAAGUUGGAUCUCCCCGAAACACUUGUCCUUGGUUUGGAUGGAGAUGAGCCACCCAGCCAAGCAAGCCACAACGGUCACAAUGGCGAUAAUGGUGAUACCGAGAUGACUGGACACGGCUCCGCGACCACCACUGCUGGUGGUGGAGAUGUCGAUUUGGCCCGUUACACCAACAUCCCGUAGUGGGGAAUGAACUACGCCAGCUUCGCAGAAUACUACGCCGAGCUCGGAAUCAGUCCCCCACCAGACGACUUUCUUGGCGUAAACGACUCCUAUGAUGGAACCGACAACUCACAAAUUGGCUCCCUUAUUGGGAGCUGGUUUUGGAUUUAAUGCAAGAGCUGCAGACUAUAUUGGAGAGAAAGAGUUGGACAGUCCAGUCCAGUAAGCCCGACUGCUGGAUGAAGAAUGCUGGCGAUCGCAGCUCUAUCAACCGUUUUCUCAUGGGUUUGCUUCGAGGCAUUGCACAGGUGCCAGCUACAAAGAUUCUUCAAACGCGGUCUCCACGAUUUCAAACCAGGCGAAACGCCUCAACGUUUAUGUUCACGAGAGGAGCAUGAUUUCUACUUAGCGAAGGCGUUGGGGAUACGAUUUUAUGAUUCAGGUUACAAUAACCUAUGUUGGGCUUGCACUCGCUUGUCGUGGCAAUUUUGCUGCGAGAACGCGAUUUAGCUUUAGCAAUAACAUCAAAUUGCAUAACUUCGAC